CGGCCCUUGGCCCUCUAAAUGCCCGGCCCGGGCCCGGGCUCGCCCACGCCAUGGAUCUGCUCUGGGCCUGGUCCAUCCUGCUCAGUCUCCUGCCCCGACUCGGGGCAGUGGAAGAAACGCUGAUGGACUCGACCACGGCGACAGCGGAGCUGGGCUGGAUCGUGCAUCCUCCAUCUGGGUGGGAAGAGGUGAGCGGCUAUGACGAGCACAUGAACACCAUCCGCACCUACCAGGUGUGCAAUGUGUUCGAGCCGAGCCAGAACAACUGGUUGCGCACGCGGCACAUCCGGCGCCGAGGGGCCCAGCGCGUCCACGUGGAGAUGAAGUUCUCCGUGCGUGACUGCAGCAGCAUCCCCAGCGUGCCCGGCUCCUGCAAGGAGACCUUCAACCUCUACUACUACGAGUCAGACUCCGACUCAGCCACCCGGACCUUCCCCAACUGGAUGGAGAACCCGUGGGUCAAGGUGGACACCAUCGCGGCCGAUGAGAGCUUCUCUCAGGUGGACCUGGGCGGGCGGGUGAUGAAGAUCAACACGGAGGUGCGCAGUUUCGGCCCAGUCUCUCGCGGAGGUUUCUACCUGGCCUUCCAAGACUACGGGGGCUGCAUGUCGCUCAUCGCCGUGCGUGUCUUCUACCGCAAGUGCCCUCGGGUGAUCCAGAACGGAGCUGUGUUCCAGGAGACACUGUCGGGGGCCGAGAGCACGUCGUUGGUGGCGGCGCGGGGGACCUGUGUGCCCAACGCCGAGGAGGUGGAUGUGCCUAUCAAGCUCUACUGCAACGGUGACGGCGAGUGGCUGGUGCCCAUCGGCAGGUGCAUGUGCCGAGCCGGCUUCGAGUCCGCGGAGAACGGAACCGUCUGCCGAGGCUGCCCAUCAGGAACGUUUAAAGCCAAUCAAGGUGAUGAAGGAUGCACCCACUGUCCCAUCAACAGCCGCACCACUUCGGAGGGGGCCACCAGCUGCGUCUGCCGCAAUGGCUACUACCGGGCUGACUUGGACCCCCUGGACAUGCCCUGCACCACCAUCCCCUCUGCUCCUCAAACAGUCAUCUCCAGCGUCAACGAGACGUCCCUGAUGCUGGAGUGGACCCCGCCGCGGGACGCUGGGGGCCGCGAGGACCUGGUUUACAACAUCAUCUGUAAGAGCUGCGGAUCGGGGAGAGGAGCCUGUACCCGCUGCGGGGACAACGUGCAAUUUGCCCCCCGGCAGCUGGGCCUGACUGAGCCCCGUGUCUACAUCAGUGACCUCCUGGCCCACACUCAGUACACCUUCGAGGUCCAGGCCGUCAACGGCGUCACCGACCAGAGCCCCUUCUCGCCCCAGUUCGCCUCCGUGAACAUCACCACUAACCAAGCCGCCCCCUCUGCCGUGUCCAUCAUGCACCAGGUCAGCCGCACGGUCGGCAGCAUCACGCUGUCCUGGUCCCAACCCGACCAGCCCAACGGAGUCAUCCUGGACUACGAGCUGCAGUACUACCAGAAGGACCUGAGUGAGUUCAACGCCACAGCUGUCAAGAGCCCCACCAACACCGUAACCGUGCAGGGCCUGAAGGCGGGCACCAUCUAUGUCUUCCAGGUGCGGGCACGCACCGUGGCAGGGUAUGGGCGCUACAGCGGCAAGAUGUACUUCCAGACCAUGACUGAAGCUGAGUAUCAGACGAGCAUCCAGGAGAAGCUCCCGCUCAUUAUCGGCUCCUCUGCAGCCGGGUUGGUGUUCCUAAUUGCUGUGGUGGUCAUCAGCAUUGUAUGUAACAGAAGACGGGGGUUUGAGCGUGCGGACUCUGAGUACACCGACAAACUGCAGCACUACACAAGCGGCCACAUGACCCCAGGCAUGAAAAUCUACAUCGACCCCUUCACUUACGAGGACCCCAAUGAAGCCGUCCGCGAGUUUGCCAAGGAAAUUGACAUCUCCUGUGUGAAGAUCGAGCAGGUGAUCGGAGCAGGGGAGUUCGGGGAGGUUUGCAGCGGCCACCUCAAGCUGCCGGGCAAGAGAGAGAUCUUCGUGGCCAUCAAGACGCUCAAGUCCGGGUACACGGAGAAGCAGCGCCGGGACUUCCUGAGUGAGGCCAGCAUCAUGGGCCAGUUCGACCACCCCAACGUCAUCCACCUGGAGGGCGUGGUCACCAAGAGCGCCCCCGUCAUGAUCAUCACCGAAUUCAUGGAGAACGGCUCUCUGGACUCCUUCCUGCGGCAAAACGACGGGCAGUUCACGGUGAUCCAGCUGGUGGGCAUGCUGCGGGGCAUCGCGGCCGGCAUGCGCUACCUGGCCGACAUGAACUACGUGCACCGGGACCUGGCCGCCCGCAACAUCCUCGUCAACAGCAACCUGGUCUGCAAAGUGUCUGAUUUCGGCCUCUCGCGCUUCCUGGAGGACGACACCUCCGACCCCACGUACACCAGCGCCCUGGGCGGGAAGAUCCCCAUCCGGUGGACGGCCCCAGAAGCCAUCCAGUACAGAAAGUUCACAUCAGCCAGCGAUGUGUGGAGUUACGGGAUCGUCAUGUGGGAAGUGAUGUCCUAUGGGGAAAGACCCUACUGGGACAUGACCAAUCAGGACGUGAUCAACGCCAUCGAGCAGGACUACCGACUGCCGCCCCCCAUGGACUGCCCCAACGCCCUGCACCAGCUCAUGCUGGACUGCUGGCAGAAGGACCGCAACCACCGGCCCAAGUUCGGGCAGAUCGUCAACACGCUGGACAAGAUGAUUCGCAACCCCAACAGCCUCAAAGCUAUGGCUCCCCUCUCCUCCGGCAUCAAUCUCCCCCUCCUGGACCGCACCAUCCCCGACUACACCAGCUUCAACACGGUGGAGGAGUGGUUGGAGGCGAUCAAGAUGGGCCAGUACAAGGAGAGCUUUGCCAAUGCCGGCUUCACGGCCUUCGACGUGGUGUCCCAGAUGACGAUGGAGGACAUUCUGCGAGUGGGCGUCACACUGGCCGGCCACCAGAAGAAGAUUCUCAACAGUAUCCAGGUGAUGCGUGCACAGAUGAACCAGAUCCAGUCGGUGGAAGUCUGACAUCCGCACACGCCGUCGCACUCCUCUUCCUCCAGGCCCCACCCCCCGUGCCCCCGUGCGUCCACACUCUAGCUCUCGAGUGCCCCAACCCCGUCCACCGCCGAGCCGGCCCGGGGCCCUCAGCGCCUGGCCGCAUCCGGGAGGAAGCAGACCCAACUGGAUCCUGGCCACCAGAGGCCCCGCCAGAGGCCAUCAGGGACUCCCAUCGCCCAAGUCGCGGAAACAAAAAAGAUGAAGACUGUUUUUUCAAAGACGGUGCUGAUGAGAAAGCAUUGACAUUGUUCUAAAAGGGCUCGGAGAUGCCGUCCAUUUUCGGGUCGGUGUGCCCUGGCGUGGCUCCUCUCCACCCCCAGCCAGGGUAGGGCACUCUGGUCCGGCUCAGGCUCUGGCCCAGGAAGGGGCCCUUUCAGGAAGACAACUGUGAAGUGGAGAGGAGAGAAGCCCCUGCUUCGUCCUCCUACUCCUCACCUUCUCCUCCUCCUCCUCCUCCUGU